UCCACUUCCGGGUGACGGAGAAGUCAUGUGACUGAACAUCAUGGCGCCCUGGUUGUGGCUUCUCUUGUGUUUCGUCUAUGAUGCGGCGGCCACAAAGAUGAAGAUUGUGGAGGAGCCCAAUACAUUUGGACUGAACAAUCCGUUCUUAUCACAAGCAAACAAGCUGCAGCCGAGGACAGAUCCCGCUCCAGUCUCAGGACCACCACAUCUUUUCAGGUUGGCUGGGAAGUGUUUCAGUUUUGUGGAAUCCACAUACAAAUACGAGUUCUGCCCUUUUCACAAUGUAACUCAGCACGAACAGACCUUCCGCUGGAACGCCUACAGUGGCAUUUUAGGGAUAUGGCAAGAAUGGGAGAUGGAGAACAAUACAUUCACCGGCAUGUGGAUGAGAUCAGGAGAUUCUUGUGGAAACAGAAACCGACAAACAAAGAUUCAUUUGGUCUGUGGAAGGAGCAACAAGUUGUCUGCGGUAUCGGAGCCGAGCACGUGCGUCUACGCUAUGACAUUUGAAACCCCGUUGGUGUGUCACCCACAUUCCCUGCUAGUCUACCCUACUCUAGGAGAAGCAUUGAGAAGACAGUGGGAUGAAGCAGAACAGUCUUUAUAUGAUGAACUUAUCACUGAACAGGGAUAUAAGAAACUGCUUCAAGACAUAUUUCGAGAAGCCGGGUACCUAAAAAAGACCAUAGGGAACGAAAGUGACGUUAAGCCCAACCAGACUCAUUCAAAGACAUUCGACACACUGGACCAGUGCAGCGCGGCUCACACCGAAUUAUCAGAGGAACUAAAGAGACUACAAGGCAUCCUGGCGAGACACGGCAUUUCUUAUCAGAAAAACGGUUCAUCUAAUCCAGAAUUGCCUCCGGUGAGUUCAGUCGCACCGACUCCAAAGGAUGAAAAGAAACAUCUACGAGGAGAUACCGGAGAUCGAGAUGAACAUUAGUGACAGACGUGCAGGAUAGAGAUGAGCGAACUUACAGUAAAUUCGAUUCGUCACGAACUUCUCGGCUCGGCAG